AUGUCUGUGUUCUGCGGGCCGACGAGGCCGCUGCGGGUGCCACCCCCUCAGGCACGUGACGACGUGGAGUCGAAGCGACUCUCCGAUGCGAUGAGUCGUCUCUCGUGCGGUAGUGCGGAGUGUACGAUAAAACUUGUGGAGUCGGUGGCACAACGUUUGGUGGAGCAGGUGAUUGCGGAGACGGAGGGUCGGUGGGUGCGGGCCUAUCCCUUUGGAUCCUGCGGUUUGGCUGCUUCUGUUGCAGAUAGUGAUAUUGAUAUGUAUGGUGAGUUCUUCCUAUUCUCUACCCCCCUUCUUUAUUCUUUCUGA